AUGGCGGCACGAACAGCUGGGUCCAGGCCUCCUCAUCUCCUUCCCCUCUCUCUGGCCUCGAGCGAGAUAUAUGGUGACCUGAUGGAGACUCGGAUGGCGACUUGUCUCAGGGCCCCGCCGCCGCGGCAGACACAUACAGCUCCCUCGACGCUGCGCCACCAUGCAAGGAUGGCGCAACUAGGGAAUUUUCUAUGGUCAAGUGGCGCCACUGCUCUGUCCAAGUACAGUGAACGCGACGGGCCAACAACUACCUCCAGGCUCCCACAUGGAAGCAGAGCCGAAGGCGAUCGACGACGGCGGCUGACCAGGCCGACAUGA